GUUCAUCGUUCUUUGUACUUAGAAUUCCUAAUUGCAGAGGUAACGUGACAAAUCUUUUGUGCCUUUGUCAACAGACAGGGAGAUUUUGUACUGGGCUCCAACAUUCUAGCAGAAGGAGUCAGUCUCUAAGGUGAUAGACCCAAAGGAGGUUUUGGGUACAGCCGAUGGGCAAUCUUUUAGGACGAAACUUUUCAGGAGGACAGUUUGCGAGGAUCUGCUUGGGUGCCUCAGUCACGCUUUCGGAACACAAUUUUGACGUCAAUUCCAACUCAAGCAGAGAAUUUUAGACUCGACAAGUAAAGUAAACGGAUCACUUAACUUCGACUUACACAGUAAAAACAUAAGAUAGUAGCCCUAGGCCAUAUAAACACUUGACGUUGUGAUACACCACUAUCGGUCACUGAACAGGAGGAUCGUAUUUCAGUAACGACCGUGCUUCUAAUAAUCUCACGUUGAAAUCUUCCCAGUUAGUUUGUGGUGAGAAUUUGAUUUUCUUCCCGUGUUUAAUGGCCCGUACUAAUUAUUAUAAUCAUCGUUGAAGUGGAAUGGCUAAGAGCCAUGAGAUGGAACAGUUAAAUUCUGACGAUUAUCGCAGAAAUCGCGGCGAGUUGAACCCAAACUCUGCGGAGGAUAGAUCACCUCCCUUUUAUGACUCGGACUCUCCAAGCGGUACUCCUUCGGUUAACAGUGCUGCAAGCCAAUCAACGUCAGCGAGGUCAUCUCGCUCUUCAACACUGGGUUCUGGGUUAUCAACUCGCUCAGCAACAACUACAGGAAGCGAUGGCGAAAUUGAAGCCUUAGAUAACGUUAGAGUCGUAGCAAGAGCACGUCCUUUGAAUCUUGCUGAGAGAGAAAGAGGGGAUAAAAAUGUCUUGAAGCUGCCUGGGGAUGGAGCUGUUUGGAUUGAUAACAGUUUUGGUCAGAUCAAGCCUUUUACCUUCAAUGCAGCUUUUGGAGAAGAAACCUCUCAGCAAGACAUGUUUAAAGGGUGUGGCAUUAAACAUUUGGUUGAGAUGUCUGUGCAGGGAUAUUCCUGUACAGCCUUUGCUUAUGGUCAGACUGGCUCAGGGAAAACAUAUACAAUCACUGGACCACUUAAUCAGGAAGAUACUGCACACAUGGAUAGUUUCAUUCCAGAUCCAGACAUGCAAGGGCUGAUAGAAAGGUCUUUCCAGUAUCUCUUUGAGCUGAUGGAUAGCAGUGCUGAUGUUGAGUACACCCUUAAAGCAUCGUAUCUUGAAGUAUAUAAUGAAAAGGUACAGGAUUUGCUCAACCCCUCAAGUGCAAGAGACUCGCUUCCUGUACGCUGGGCCAGAGACAGGGGAUUCUAUGUUGAAAACUUGUUUUUUGUUGAGUGUGACACAGUGGAUGAUCUUUCUGCUGUGUUGGAAGAAGGACUGAGGAACCGUCAUGUUGGAUCACAUUUAAUGAAUGAUCACUCCAGUAGAAGUCACACUAUGCUCACAGUUUACAUUGAUAUUGAAUCGAAGGACCCAGAAGAUGAGUCUGGUUAUCCUGUGAUUAAGCAUGGAAAGCUAAGUCUAGUGGAUUUAGCAGGGAGUGAACGCGUUAAAGAGACAAAAUCUGUGGGAGGCACUUUCACUGAGUCACAAAAUAUCAAUAAAAGUUUGUUGACUUUAGGGAAUUGUAUUUCUGCCUUGAGUGACCAAAGAAAAAAAAGCGGCCACAUUCCGUAUCGUGACAGCAAACUCACCAAACUUCUGGCUGACAGCCUUGGUGGAGAUGGUAUCACCCUCAUGAUCGCAUGUAUCUCGCCGUCUUCCUAUGUGGUGCAGGACACCUUAAACACUUUGAGAUAUGCUCACAGAGCCAAACGAAUAAAGAACAAGCCUGUAGUGCAUAUGGAUCCUAAAGAAAAGCUUAUUUUAAGUCUAAAGCGAGAAAUAAAGUUGUUGAGAACGGAAAAUGCUUAUUUCCGACAACAGCUCGGAAUACCUAGCAGCGACUCGCAAACAUCUUUAACAAGCUACGAAAGUAAAACGACAAUUGUUACAGAGGACGGUAGCACACCGAAGCUCAAUGAUCCUUCGCUAAAAGAUGAGGGAAAGCUUAAACCCGGAGAAGAUUCGCAAAGACUUACAACUGCGUUUAUGGCCGCGGGAGCCAACUCUGGUUUAUACGAUAUGCUGCAAGAGUACAUGCUGGAAAACGAGAACCUUAGAACAAGAAACGUUGAGCUUGUUCAAAGUCGAGAAGAAGUCUCGAGGCAGCAAAUGGUUUUGUCAAGAGAAAAUGACCGAUUGUCUAAGAAGUUGGAGGAGCUAGAGAGAGUGAUCGUAUCAUCGCCUAUGUCCUUACGGACUUUAUCUGGUGUGGAGUCGUUACGAGGUGUCGAACGAACCAGUUCUCUCCCGGAGGAGCGCUUUAUGAGUACGAUCCCAGUCCACUCUGCCCGUGCGCACCCCUCGCAAUUCGCAUCAGAGCUGCAACCAGGCCAUUUCGAAAGACGGAACUCUCUGCCAACUCAGUCUAAGGAUCGUCGACGGUCGGCAUCAGAUCUACCCCCAAACUUUGGGCCAACGAGAUUCCCGCCAAUUCAAGAUGGACCUUAUCCCAACUAUGUCGGGCAAGGCGGCUGGAGGCAGGUACCGGAGGCGCAAGCCAUGCCCCAGGAAGUCAUUCCUGUAUCUAAUCGGGUUCACCAAAGAGCGCCGCAGGCUCGAACCACCUCAGACCCUCCAAGCAAGCAAAAAUCUACAGCCAGCACCAAGAAAAGAUCUGUUUCAACAUCGGAUCGCCCUCAAAAAGCUGGUAACAGCUACGCUCGAAUGUUUGCUGUUCAAAAAGAAAAGAAAGCCAAAGAAGCAAAGGAAAAUGAAGGCAAAAACCCUCAAUCUAAUGAUGCAAAUCAAAAAACUGCUGCAAUGGAAAACCGGAAUCCUCAAAUUCUAGUAGAUGGAAUGAACUACAAUAGCCAACCAAAUGGCGGGGGGCCUGUGGAAAAUGACAUGCAAUUAGGUUACAACCCUGCGUUGGCUGAGCAUCGCCAGUUAGCCGAACGUACGAGGCAAGAACUACAACAGCUGGACUCUCAAAUAGAGUACCACAGAUUUAUGACCCAGAACAGAUACAAUAAUAAUCCACCGAGAUGACAGUCGGACAUCGCAUUGCACAGUUACACCAUUGCACAUCAUACGCGAAUAUAUUACUAGAAACAUGUUAGCGACUCGCUGGAUGGAGAAAAUGUGAUCUUUUACACGUCUCUAAGUUAUAAAUUUACAAAUGAGGAAGGACUGGAUAGUACUGGAAAGCUUUUAGGAAAGUUUUCAUUUCUAUUUUUUGCAUUUAUAUCAUUAUUUACUGAAUUCUAUUUCUAGGCGUUACGUCGCCGUUGUACA